UACAAUGCCGGUUGGUGACUUGCAGCAACUAGCUUUGGUACCCUAUCGUACCGGUUAUUUUCCCGGUAUGGCAACACUCUGCAUUUGUUCGGCUUUUCCAAUUGGAUUUAGGAGUCUGGAUUUUGAUUUGAGCAGAAAAACGGAACCGGAAAUCCUGGCGAGAAUUUGGCAAUGAGCAGCGACACCGCCGGCUGCAAGCGCGUGCACAGCAUCGAGGUUGAGCAGCCGCUGGAGUCGGAGCGCCUGGAGCACGGCCUGCUGUUGGUCAAGGGACGCCUGGUGCCCAAGUGUUCCACGGCGCGUCAACUGAAGGCGAUCCUCGAUCUGCCCCAGCAUCUGUCCCAGGAGCAGCUCACCCAGCUCUCGGCCGGCGGCGAGUUUAAGCUCCUUUUCGACUUGGAAGAAGCGGAUCGCGAGGAGGAAAGCGCCUGCCUCCUGGAGCUGCGAUCCUGCACGGCCACCCGUACGAUUAGCUUCAGUUACAGGCCCCGCCGCAGCUCCUACCGGGUGCAGCCGCUCUACCUGCUCUGCCAGGACGAGGAAAAGCCGCUGGAGCAGCAGCACAGGGUGCACUCCCUCAUAGAUCUCAACCUGCGCCUGGUGCAGUCCAUCUACGCCCACAAACUGCACGCGGCCGGCUUUCCCAAUCGCACCUUCACACUCAACGGCAAUUGCUGCUCCUUCCGCAGCCAAUUGACCCGAAAACAGGCGCUAGAGAAGAGCGAGGACGAGCUGUGGCAGCAUUUCGCCGGCGAAAUCAUCGCCUGCCCGCAGUGGGGACACCAGUUGCUCCUCAAGUUCGUCGCCUUUGUGGGUUGCACGCGCUACGACGGCGACGCGGUGGUGGCCAGCGGUGACUCCUCGUACGCCAGUAUCCGGCGGCAUCUCAAGGGACACGCUGCGCUCGGUGGCGGCGGAUUGGCGCUCUUUGGUAGUGCCCACUUCUACGCCUGGCCCACGAGCUUCGCGGAGAUCGGCGACUGUGUGCGCAGCGCGCAGCGGGUGGACAUCGCCCGUCUGCCGGACGAGAGCAACUACCGGAGGACGUAUGGUGGCGUGUAUGCCAGCACCUUGGGCGCCGUGUGCCACGAACUGGGCCACUGCUUCGAUCUGGGCCACACCAGCGAUGGUGUGAUGGGCCAGGGCUUCGACUAUCUGAAUCGUGUGUUGACCGUGGACCAGCCCACGGAGCAUUUGCCGCAGCGAAUUGUGGACGCCAGAAGGGGCGCCGGUGGCAAUACUAACUCAUCCGAGGUCGGAUCAUCCUCCUCCGCCGCAUCCGCAGGCAACCGUGCCCGCAUCACCAAACUGAAAUUGCAGCCCAGCAGCCAACUGCUGGACAACUAUCACAACCAAAGACGCCACGAUAGCUUCUAUUUUGCGCGCAAUUGUGCCGUGAUCCUGGCCCAUCAUCGCUGGCUGAACUUGGAACUGGAGCCGACGGCUGCCGCCGACUUUGAAGCGGCCAAUAUCCAGCUGAACCGCGACACCCGGGAGAUUCGGUCCAGCAGGCCCAUCCGGCUGGUCGAGCUGCGCUGCAACAAGAACAGCCUGGUGGCCCACUACGAGGAGUUUGAGGAGGCAUCCGUGCACCACUUCCAGCUGCCCGCCUCUCUGUGGCAUCUGCUCGCGGAGCAGUGCACCCACUACGUGUUCGUGCUGACCACCAGUGGCGAUACCAAGCGGCUGUCCUGCGACUCCUAG